AGUGGUCUUUCGCUAACCGUUACCAUACAAUACGCGUUCAUAAGCGGGAGUGACUCUCGGAAUACUAAGGGGUACCAACUGUAUUGACUGUAUAUCGAUCAUUGAUCGUGCGCCUGAUGAAUGCUUUAUCGUGGCGAUUGAAUGGUGAUGAGAUGAACAUAAGGCGGCUCAAGGCCGCACAAGAGCAAGAACGCCGUCUUCCAACCUACAAGCCGCAAGCAAUAGCGCAAAGUGGUAUAUCCUCUUCCAUUCCGUUUCCUCGUAGAAAAAGAAGUAUACAGCCACUCGUUACACACACACACACAAGACCGCAGUCGAGCUUUGUGAAAAAACUCCUAGCUUGGACUUUUGCACAGGGUAUUUUGUUUCGUUGAUAAGCAGAACACACACCAAGCUGAAUACCAUUGC